UCUUACAAUACAAUAAUUCAGUCAGGGCACUGACUGACACCGUUGUAGGAAAUGAUGGGCUGAAACUUUAGAACGUUCCUCAGCCGUCGAUCAUCAACCGUACAGAACACUCCGAUCCAACGGCCGAUAUCGCAGAAGCCGCCAUUUCUUUGUUCUUGCUGCUUCUGAACGGCACCAUUGUUGAGAGUCUUCAGUUGAGCUUCUAAGAAACGAAUCUCUCAGUAUAUCGAUCUUCUUUCUCUUUCGUUCUCUCUUUCACCGCCAUUUUUGCUCCAAAGAGAAACUGAAGAACGGCGCUUUCAAAAAGUUCAUCAUUCGUUCUUCUUUUCCUCCACAAUUUUUCCCACAAGGUGGUGAAGACGCGGUAGAAUUGAAGUUCGGUAUUGCCAUUCUUCUGUACUUUUUUUUUUCCUUCUACGCAUUCAAUCAGGUCGAGUUUCUAAAGCUUUUCGACUUUUGUGAAGUUCUUUGGUGUCUUUAUGAUGAAUUCUGUUCUGCUUUUUCUUCAUUUUCUUUAAGGAGGCAACUACAAAAGAUCUGAAUGUUUUUCUUUCUUUUUUCUUUGGGUGUCUAUUCGGAUUUUGGCUAUUUCCUUUUGUUUGGUUUGUUCAUUUUAACUUUUUCCCACUCUUCCAUUUUAGUUGAUUGAGAUGCAUUGUAAUCGGAUUGCUGUUCAGGUCCUUAGCUUUGGAACAGGAACAUUUUGUAGAAAGCAAUCGAUCAUUAGAAAAAAUACAUUGAGAUCCACCUUCUACAAGGACGGAUUAUUGCAUAUGCCCUUUGGAUUCUUUUGCUCUAUUCUUUUAAUGGUAUUGUUUUUCAGAAAUGUUCUUUGAAGAUCGGAUAUUCGGUUCCUUUUCUGUGCAUUAUUGUUUGUAGGCAUUUCCGUAAUUUUGUAUCUGAGGUAUUCAAUUGUACGUCCCUUUCACUUAGUUGUCCUAAAUGAUUCUGGGGUUUCUCCCUUUUUUUCCCCUUCUUUUUGUAGUAUUUUUUUGUUCAUCUUCUUUUGAGUAUCAUCCAAUAUCCACUUUAUACUGUUAUAUACAAUGUCUUCUUGUUAAUUAGCUAAUCAUUCUUUCUGACUCAAUAAUUCCCAAAGCCUGCAGUUCUAGAUUGUGACACAAGCACAGUAGGACCUAUUUUAAUAUUGAUUUUCUCAGGUUCAAUUAAUCAUGAUCAUACGCGUAUUUAGCAUGCUUUUGGACCUUAGUACUCUAUCUUGUCCAUCUUGUUUAUGUUUGUUUAACAUAAAAAAAGUUCAACUCAUUUUCUAGGCUGAGUCGAUAUCAUUGAACAGAAAAACGAAAAGGAAAGAAGGAAGACAAAGAAAAGCUUCUUCAGAACUGCAUGACUAGUGAUACUAACCUCGGAUUUGAUCAAGUGCAAAAGCAAAAGCACGUCAUCUUCAAGUUGAGAUUAACAGUGGUGGUUCAGCGCUGAAGAUAUUUCAGAUUCUUGUGCUAGGUAUUUGAUAGGGACACUGAUGACUGACCAUUGGUCUAAUUGAAGAUUGGUUUAUAGACUGCAGAGAGUUUCUGAUGGAUGGGUAUUCCAGUAAAAGAGUUAAUGUGGGAAUCCUUUCUAGGAAGGGACCUGGUGUAGUCUUGAGGGAUAACAUGAAGCACCGAGAUCAAAGUAAUCAAUAUGGUAACCGAUUUGGCUGCACUGGUAGGAUAUGCUCGAGUAGUGGUACACAAGUUGGCUGUUCAAAUAAAUCCAGCUCAAAAAGACCAUUCCGCAGCUCAAGUGGUAAAGAAGUUGUUGGAAGUUCCUCAAGGAGUUCCUCUGCAAUCAGAAAUCUCAGGAAAUCUUAUCCAGAGCCUUUUGGAAAGCAAUCAUCUAAGCUUGAAUUAGAUUCAUCUGCAAAUGAUAGCAUUCAUGAUGAGUUGGAAGAACUGGAAUUCAUUUCACCUCCUGGAUUGUUCCAUACAGGGCAUCAUGCAAAAUCUGAAAGUUCGGUGCCUGCUGAUGCCAUGUUGAUGGAAAUGGGAAGCUGCAGUAUGAACUCCAACAAUAAAUCUAGGAGAAACUCUAUUCAAAGAUAUGAAGUGGACAAUGAAGAUACUCAUGCUUCAUUGCAGCCUACAAGUCUUUGCCAGACAUCAACUGGUGGUUCCAGUAGGUUCAAUUCGAGAAACCUCGCAUGUGAUUCAGUAUCUGAAGCAGAUAGAUCUUUGUUGGAGCCAAACCUUGUGAGAAGGAUGAAUGUAACAAAGAAGAUGUCAUAUGAUGGUGAGAAUAGUUCCAGUUCUAGAGGAAAGAAGGUGAGUGGAACUUCUCGAGGACAGAAGUGUAUCUAUCGGCAUGGGAUCUCUAUUUCUGAUCAAAGACCUGGUCGAAAUGUGUUUCACAGACAAAAUAUUCUUUCAUCACAUGGGACUCAGAGUUUGACGAGUGUAUGUAGUGGGGCAAGGCAUUCUUACCAGGCCAUUAGUGAUAAUUUGUCGUUGCAGGAUCCACUAGCGACAAUUUCAUGGACGCCUCAGACUAAUGUCUCCAGUUCCUCAAAUGCUUCUACUUCACUUCAGUUAUCUUCAGAAUCGCACUCUAGGCACCGGACGACUUACCCUGAACCAGAAGGCUAUAGUCAAAGUCUACGUGACAUUGGACAAGCUACUCCUGCAGAAGUUGGUAUCUCAAGCCCUUCAACAAAUGCAAACAGUUAUAGAUGCCACAAUGUUGAUGGAAUUGCUGAGGUACUAUUGGCGUUGGAGAGAAUCGAACAGGAGGAGGAGCUAACUUAUGAGCAAGCCCUUCUUCUUGAGACGACAAUGUUGCUCAAUAGCCUGAACAUCUAUGAUCAGCACCGAGACAUGAGGCUUGACAUUGAUAACAUGACAUAUGAGCAACUUUUGGAUUUAGAAGAGAGAAUGGGGACAGUAAGCACAGCACUGUCUGAAGAAGCACUGACAGAAUGCCUUAACAGAAGCAUCUAUCAGUCCAAACCUAAAGGAGGAACAGCCACGGGUUCGGUCGAGGAUUUGAGCGAUGUCAAAUGCUGUAUUUGUCAGGAAGAAUACGUGACUGGAGAUGAAGUUGGGAAACUGCAAUGUGCGCACAAGUAUCAUGUAGUAUGCAUUCAACAGUGGUUGAGGUUGAAGAAUUGGUGUCCCAUUUGCAAAUCAUCAGCAGCAGCUUCUCACCCUUUUAAAUAAAGAUAUAAAACCAAAUCAAAUUUUAACAUCAGAUAGUUUCCACUUGAUAAUGUUUCUGUGUACAAUUACAUCUGUUUCAUCCCCAUUCACCAACAGACCCAAGCAGUUGAUCUCAACUCUCUAUUGAUUUGUGAAUGAAAAUUGUCCAGAAGUUCUGAUUGGAAA